AGGGAGCUCAGAUAAAAGAGGAAUCUGUUAUGUCGGUCCUCUUUGAGCUUUAACAAAACAGCGAUCCAUGUAUCCGACCUCUUCGUGAAGAACACAUGCACUGUAGACUUGACAUUUGGUCUGGAUAACAUCUUUACAGUUUUCUGCCUAGAUCGAUAUCCAGUUUAUGUAUGUCACUCAAGGACUCUAAGAAAUGCCUUGUGCCUCCUUCCAACCCCGCCACCCUGGAGGCCAAAGUUGAUGACUUGCAUUUUAAAGUGGACCAGUUUCUUACCCUGGAGCUCAGGAAGAGGUUGCCCCUUAUGCGGAACUUGUGCCCACCACAGCACGCUGCAGGAGGCCAUGACCAGCCAGCUGUCAGCUCAAGCCAGACUCCUGGAUUCUCUGGAAAGGAAAGUCCUGGAGAUGAGAACAGCUCUGGAGGACCUGGCAUGUGGUCUAGGAGACAGACUGUGUGAAAAUGUGUCUGUGCCUUUGGUCGCUCUACAGAGAAGGAAGUCACUGCCUGUCCGAACCUCUAUGGAUGAAGUCUAUGUUCGCUUGGACACACCUAGAGAGCGUAAAAUAGUGUCCCAAGUCUUUAACGUGGCCUCAGAGAAAGGCACAUUAGUAGAAGUAAAUGAAAUCAAUAGAAUGAGAAGAGAGGACCAUCUGACUGAAAAAUAUUCAUCGGAGGUCAAAAUUCAGCAUGAAGUUAAAUCACAAAACACAGGAGAAAAAGAAAAACCCAUUGUAACCUCCAAAUCAUCAAAUAAUCUGCUGCAAACACAGAAUAUCAUUCAAAUGGAAAAUAAGAAUAACAUCAAGACACCCAUCGUUGCUCCUGUAUCUAUGGUGUCCAAGAAGUUGGUCGCUCCAAGGAGUCCUUCACCAAAGCCAGAAGUCCAAAACGAGAAGAAAGUUCUAACACCAAACAGUGAAGCAGCCAAGAUGACACCAACUUCUGCUCCCAUAACAAAAACAGCAGUUUUGUCUGACACAAUCGUGCCGAAACCUAAUAUUCAGCCACAAAAUCAUAAUGUCCCAAAGAAAAUUGAACCGGUGUCUCCUCAACAACAAAAAUGGCAUGGUACCAGCACACCGGUACCCAACAUUGCUUCUAAGAUGACUUCGCUAGACGUGUCAACAGCGGCAUCACCCAUCCAUACUCCUUCCACAGCAAAUCUGGUUCCUCCCGCACAGAGUUUUGGAACAUCAUCGGAAAAUAAACCAACAACAAAAAUAGAAAAUUCAACACUGUUUCCACCAAGCCAUAAACCACUAAAAACUGUGGGUUUAACCGUUACCACGGCAACAAAGGAAGCUUCUUUACUUAGACAAGUGCAGAGCUGUCCCAACUCCCUGCAAAGAUUGCAGAUUGCUGCUGGUAAAAAAGAUGCACCUCUCACAUCACCUUCAGAAAAGACAGGGCCCGAAUCACCUGAAUCGAAGCAUGAAGCUGGUGGAAUACGGAUUAAAAUAAGCCCAGCUGUAGACAAACCUCCAGCUCAGGCGAAAGUCAACAAUCCCCCUAAAACCUGUCUUAAAGUUAUAGAUGAUGUUCCAUCUCAGCCGGCACCUUUCUCUCACCGGUUUGUGGCAUUAAAGUCAAAUCCUCCACCCUGUGACACCUUCAGUAUCCACACUAGAGAAGUUCUGGGAGGUGGCCGCUUCGGCAAGGUGCACAAAUGUACAGAGAAUAAGACGGGGAUGAGGCUUGCUGCUAAGAUUAUCAACACAAGAAAUGCCAAAGAAAGAGACAUGGCCCUGAAUGAGAUCCAGGUCAUGAACCAGCUCAGCCACCCCAACAUUCUUCAACUCCACGAAGCUUUUGAGGUCAAGAAUCAAGUCGUGUUGAUAUUGGAGUUUGUGGAGGGGGGUGAGCUGUUUGAAAGAAUCGUGGAUGAGAGCUGCCCGUUGACUGAGGUGGAUGCCAUGGUCUUCGUGAAACAGAUCUGUGAGGGAGUCCAGUACAUGCAUCAGAUGUACGUCCUUCACCUGGACCUUAAGCCAGAAAAUAUCCUUCUUGUUAAUCACUCAAGCCAUCAGGUGAAGAUUAUUGACUUUGGACUUGCCAGAAGAUACAAACCUAGAGAAAAGCUCAAGGUUUCUUUUGGAACACCUGAAUUUUUGUCUCCAGAGGUGGUGAACUUUGAUUUUGUCUCGUUCCCUACAGACAUGUGGACUUUGGGCGUCGUCACAUAUAUGCUGUUAAGUGGCCUUUCUCCUUUUCUGGGUGAUGAUGACAACCAGACCCUCAACAAUGUGCUCCUGGGCAACUGGUACUUUGAUGAGGAUGCUUUCGAGCAUGUCUCUGCAGAGGCUCGAGACUUUGUGACCAACCUGUUGAUCCGAGAGAGAAGUGGUCGUCUGAGCGCGUCCCAGUGUCUCAAGCAUCCGUGGCUCAACAACAUCUCAGAAAAAGCAAAGAGCAGCAACAUAGUGCUCAAGUCGCAGGUUCUCCUUAAGAAGUACAUGGCCAGACGAAUGUGGAAGAAAAACUACAUAGCCAUUGCUGCAGCCAACCGGUUUAAGAAGAUUGGAAGUUCAGGUUCCCUGACGUCGCUUGCAAUCUAAGAGUGUUCUUCUUAGUACACUUCUGAGCACAGUUUUUGCUUUUAUAAUAUGCCUUUGUAAAUGUUGAGACUUUGUCUAUAUGCCAUUUUAACCCAUUUUACCACAAUGAUUAAACAGAAGUGAUUAUACUACACGCGAGCAAGCAUCUUUAGGCACAUACUGUAUAUCUCUUGUGCUUGUUGGCAUGAGCAACACAUUUAUUUUGUUUUCUGCAGGUAAAAUUGUUCACUUUUGCUGUUCUUCAAAUGUAAUUAAGACAGAAAUAACUUAGUGAGGAUAAAGUGUGGGAACAAUCAUCGCAUAAAAUUUGGCUUGCAGCUCAAAAGUUAUAUUUUGAAAACGAUGCAGUAGUAGAUUAACAACAAGUGUUUAAUAUUGUUUUGAGAGGCCAUAAACAUAAAUAAAAAAUAGGAAGUAAAACUUUCAGGGCUGGUGGGUUUAACCACAGAAAUGCAGAAACAGAAACUUUGCUGAGCGAACAUGACUACAAAUCUGGAUUGUUGGUUCCAAAGUGAAGGUCCUGGCUGCCAGAAAGCGACAACAUGUCAUGGGUAUGAUGACAUAAUAGUAUGACUUGGUCCGUCCGCUUUCUCAUUUCCUGUAUGUGAGUCACGACAUGGACCAACAUAGUUCCAUCUCCUUUGUGUGCUACAAAUUCUUCACGAUUGGUUUCAUCCGAACUGAUCAGCUUUCCAUGCGUUAAUGCACUGUGAAAAAAGCUCGUUUUCAAAACACUGAUCAUUCCGAACAAG